CCAACCCACAUCCAAUUUUCAGUUCACUCGGACCGGGUAGUCAUUUUCUAAGCGGUAUUGCCCGCCACUUCAAUCAAGCAACGACAACCCACCACCAAACGAACUUCACCAAAAUGUCGGCCAAGGUUGAGACCAAGAAGUUCGGCAAGGGCACUCGGUCGGUCCCUCACCACUCCGAGAAGGCUCAGAAGUGGUACCCUGCUGAGGAUGAUUCCCAGCCUCGCAAGGUCCGCAAGGCCGUCCGCCCCUGGCAGCCACGCAAGACUCUGCAGCCCGGUACCGUCCUGAUCUUGCUCGCGGGCCGCUUCCGUGGCAAGCGCGUCGUCCUCCUCAAGAAUCUCGACCAGGGCGUCCUCCUCGUCACCGGCCCCUUCAAGAUCAACGGCGUUCCCCUGCGAAGGGUCAACUCCCGCUACGUCAUCGCCACCUCCCAGAAGAUCGACCUCGCCGGUGUCGACACCAAGAAGAUUGACGAGGUUGCCGAGCCCAAGUACUUCGUUGGCGAGAAGUCCAAGGAGAAGGCUGGCGAGGAGGCUUUCUUCAAGCAGGGAGAGAAGCCACAGAAGAAGCAGGUCUCCUCUACCCGGGCAGAGGACCAGAAGGCGAUCGACAAGGCCCUCCUGGCCAACAUCAAGAAGGUGGAGUUCCUGGCCAGCUACCUGGCCUCUACCUUCAGCCUCCGCAAGGGCGACAAGCCCCACGAGAUGAAGUGGUAAAUCUUCUGCUCCCGCGAGGGCGCGAUGAUGACUGGAUGGUCAAUCUUGGUCCAUGGGGGGAACGGCGGAGGAGGCGUACGAGACGACAGACGGAAAACUUCUCUCACUUCGGGCAGACAAAAAGAAGAAUGAAACUUUUUGCUUUUGGGAGGGGUUACAAGAGCGGCACUCGAGAGGCUCUCGGAAAUUAGGGACGGCUUGGCCAAUUGCAUCUUCACGUUUGCGGCGUCUGUAAUGAGGGAAUCUUGCACCAGUGAUCAUGAAAAACAAAGAAGAAAAACCAAAGAUGGUCAACCGAUGUUCCAGGGUCCAGUUGUUCUUGAGAACCGCGGUACAGAACAGGCAGCAGGCCAGUGAACAAAUAAGCAAUAUGGCGGAUAAAAAGGUCAAGCAGAUUUCUAAAUACCGCCGUGGAGAUAAUCCCGCCCACC